CACACAACAACAACAACAACAACAACCAGUGGCUCAUGCUGACUGCUGAUUCCUCAGGUUUGUCAAAAAGCCCGAACCUCCCACAACAAACCAGGAAGUAGCCGACUCCACCUCCCUGUGGAUAAAGAGUCUCUGAAGCCCCAACAGGUGUCUCCACAACGGGUCUGACGAUGCCUCCGGACGCCUGCCAGCAGCCUGCGCAGCACUCGCGCCUGCUCCGGCUCUACUCUGCCUUGUUCUACGCCGGCAGCUCGUUCGUCAUCACCGUGGUGAACAAGACCGUGCUGACGAGCUUCAGGUUCCCCUCCUAUUUGUGCAUGGGAAUUGGCCAGAUGAUCGCCACUCUUGUUGUCCUUUAUGCUGCCAAAAUGAGCAAAACAGUCCAGUUUCAAGAUUUUGACAGAACUAUUCCCUUAAAAAUUUUCCCUCUUCCUUUGCUCUAUGUUGGGAACCAUAUAACCGGACUGGCGAGCACAAAGAAACUCAGUUUACCCAUGUUUACAGUAUUACGGAAAUUCACCAUAUUGAUGACAAUGAUCUUGGAAGUAUUUAUUCUAAGAAAAACAUUCUCAAAGCGUCUUGUGUACAGCGUUGUGGCCAUUGUCUUUGGUGCCAUGGUCGCUGCAAGUUCAGACCUGGCCUUUGAUGUGGAGGCCUACUCUUUCAUCCUGCUCAAUGACGCCUUCACUGCUGCCAGCGGCGUGUACACCAAGAAGAAACUUGGCACCGAGGGCCUUGGGAAGUACGGUCUCUUGUUUUACAACGCACUACUCCUCGUCAUCCCCACGCUCUUGGCAAGCGCAUAUACUGGAGAUUUACACAUGGCGCUCACGUUUGAGGACUGGGUUGAAGCCCCUUUUGUUUUUUGUUUCCUCACAUCCUGCUUCAUGGGAUUUGUGCUGAUGUAUUCCAUAGUCCUGUGCAGCUAUUAUAACUCAGCACUUACUACAACAGUAGUCGGGGCAAUAAAGAAUGUGGCAGUAGCUUAUAUCGGCAUCUUUGUGGGCGGCGACUACCUGUUCUCUUGGACAAACUUCCUCGGUCUCAGCAUUUGUAUGUCAGGUGGACUGAUAUACUCGUAUCACACCUUUAAAGAAACAUCCGCUGGAAGCAACGCAGAAGGAGCACAAGAGCUGAAGAUUCGCAUCGGAGAGGAUUCAACAGGGAAGCCCUCUGCUAACUAAAUGGACAAUAUUUUAUCACUCACCCCCGGGUGGCAUUGUUCUGCUCCAUAUUGGAGCAUAAUUAUAGUUUUUACUCUUUCACUUUUAUGGUAAAUGAACUGUACUUGUAUUGCGCUUUUCUAGUCUUCCAACCACUCGCAGCACGUUCACACUACAUGUCAUCAUUCACUUUUACCCAUUCAUACACCGCAGGCACAUUCAUGCAGGCACAGCUUGCAGGAGCAAUUUGGGGUUAAGUGCCCAGAUCGACUUUGACUAGCGGACCUGGGGAUCGAACCGCUGAUCAUGACGACUGUGCUCUACCGCUUUAUGUUCAUGUGUAUUGGCAUUGAUGCAAUAUACUGCUUUGAAUUCACUUCUCAAUCAAGACGUUCAAUUUCUGGGUCCGGUUCGGUGAAUGUUUAUUGAAAACCAACAAUUGUAUGACAGUGUGGACAGCCUGUCAGAGAAAUUUUAACUUU